CACAAGCAAAGUGCAUUUCCGAGCAGAACUCGCUGGAUUACAAUCGCACCUCGUCCACAAAAACUAGGGCCACAAGAUGCAGGCACUGGCAAUUAUUCUUGUGGUGUCCUGCCUUGGUGUCUUGGCUGACGCCUCUGAAGGAGAGAACAACCUGACAGCCAAACUGUACAAGGACUACAACCUGAAGGUGCGCCCAGCGAAGGAGACGGGGGACAGGGUGAGGGUGAGGGUGGGCAUGACCCUGGCCUCGCUCGUCAGUGUGACUGAGAAGAAUGAAGAGGUGACCACCAAUGUGUUCAUGGAUCUGGCCUGGACAGAUUACCGGUUGAGCUGGAACCCAGCGGAACACGACAACAUCCAGGUACUGAGAAUUCCUUCAGCGAGGGUGUGGCGUCCGGAUAUCUACCUCAUUAACAAUAAUGAUGGCGUUUUCGAUGUGGCUCUUCAUGUUCACGUACAAGUCUACAGCGAUGGAAUGGUCACCUGGACCCCCCCUGCCAUCUACCGCAGCACGUGCGGCAUCAAGGUGACGUUCUUCCCUUUCGACUGGCAGAACUGCACCAUGGUGUUCCGCUCGUACACCUACGACGCCUCCGAGAUCGAUCUGCAGCACGCGCUCGAUAAGAAAGGCAACGAGGUCCGGGAAGUCACUAUCGACAGCAGCUUCAGCGAGAACGGGGAGUGGCUGAUCCGCCACAUGCCGUCGCGGAAGAACGUGGGAGACGACUUGUAUGAAGACAUCACCUUCUACCUGAUCAUCGAGCGCAAGCCUCUCUUCUAUGUCUUCAACAUCAUCAUCCCCUGCCUUCUCAUCACCAUCAUUGCCAUUUUCAACUUCUACCUCCCUCCUGACGCAGGUGAGAAGAUGGGUCUGUCCAUCAAUGUGCUGCUGACCCUCACUGUGUUCCUGCUGCUGUUAGCUGACAAGGUUCCUGAGACCUCCCUAGGAGUGCCCAUCAUAGUCAACUACCUGAUGUUCACCAUGAUCCUGGUCACCUUCUCUGUGAUCCUGAGUGUGGUGGUGCUGAACCUGCACCACCGCUCCUCCAGCACGCACGACAUGCCCCUCUGGGUGCGCAAGAUAUUCAUUCACCUGCUCCCUCGGUACCUGGGUCUGCUGCGGCCCAAGAAAGAGACACCCCUGGAGUUGGGCCUGCACCCCAAGAGAGAGACUCCGGGGUGUGUGAACAGAGCUGCGGACGAGUACUUCAUCCGCAAACCCAACUGCAACUUCCUGCACCCCAAACAGAACCGUUACCAGAAUGAGAACCAGACCUCAGACAUGAGACGCUUCAUUAACGGGCCCAGUCAGUACCUCACUCUGCCUCCAGAUCUCAAGUCGGCUGUGGACGCGAUCACCUACAUAGCAGAACAGCUCCAGGCAGAGCAGGACGACGGAGCGUUGACAGAGGACUGGCAGUACGUAGCGAUGGUAGUGGACCGCCUCUUCCUCUGGAUCUUCGUUAUCUUCACUACGGUGGGCACACUCGCCAUCUUCAUGGACGCCAGCUUCAACGGGACCCCCCUCGACCCCUUCCUCAGCCCCUAGACCCCCCCCCUUAUAUAAUUCAGUCCUGUAGGGGGCAGCACUGCGCUGUACAGAGCUCGUCGUCAUUGCAGUCAAUCACAGCAGAGGUGCACCAUAAACCUGAAUAUUCAAAGUGUUGCAUCAAUCAAAUAAAGAGGGCUGUGCAGAUGUUUGAAGUUGAUAGUUUGGAAUUAAAUCCUUUUGUGUCCACUGCGUAUAUCAUCUUAGAGUCUGCAGCCCGGAUUGAUACAGUGUGAAUGGUCUCUUACUGCUCACAUUAGGAGGAGUGUGUGUGUGCGCUAAUUAUCCACAAAUGGGACUUUAAGCUUGCCGAGGUGAGAGUGACCAGUUUGUUUCUCACAUUAUAAGUUUUGUAUUGAAAAUGUUGGUUACGUUUAGCAUGUUAAAAUGGGGGUGAAUUAAUUGUGCCUGAUGUGUAAAAUACUUUAUCCUUGUUCUAACGCUAUGUAAAUAAAGAUUCAAUGCAAGAAUAACAAUGAAAACAAAAAAAAGUGGUUGUCUAGACAUUUCCUACUUAUCCGAGUUUCUGACGCA